GUGAUGAAUAAGUACUUCAAAGCAUUUAUUAUGCCCAUGAUAAAACCCAACCAUUCAAUUUGCGUAUCAACAAUAUUAUUAUUACUCUUAAGUAAUAAUUCCAUGUACCUAUGCAAAUAAAUACGUUCAUGAAUUUGGAGAUAUGCCAACCGAAAGAAAGAAACUUGCCGAUAGAUGAUUGUCAACUACUCAAAAGUUUGAGAUUGAAUAAAUAAUUAAAUCCACGCAUUGAAUGAAGAGGAUAAAAUCAGCUCGAAAUAUGCAACCAAAUUAAUAAUUUUGUUCAGACUUUUCGUCUCAAAAUAAUGAUUUUUCUCUUUAGUGGGCCAAAAUAAUGGGACAUUUUUACCCUAAACUACUGGCAUGAUGGGGUUACUAUUUACCAAACCAUACCCAAUUUCCGGGGGUGUGGUUACUUAAUAUUUGAUACCACCAGGCAUUCAACUAUAUAAAAAAAUAUCCAUCCAGCAAAAUCCUUCAUGGAUUUUCGUGGAUUUUGUCCAGCAGCAGCAGCGCAGCGAAAUAAAAUGUUCACGUCUUUGAGACAUUGUAUUCACUCCGCUUGCAGAAAAUCUCACCUUCUUUCGUGAACAAAUCUCUACCUCGCCAAUGCUGCUAUCUUUCAGAUCAUUUUCGCAUUUUACAACUUUUCGGUUUGCAUCAGCCUCCUACCGGGUAUCAGCGUCCGCCAUCACAAUUUUUUUGCAACGUGGGUGCAGGAGAAGAAUUUAAUUGUUCUUUGAUAAUUUUUUUUGUCCUAUCCCUUCCUCGUCGUCGAUAAGCCCUGACUUCGUCAUACAUUUCUAGGUGUUCCAGCAGCACAAGGUUAAAAAUCUUGACAAACUGAACAUGGCUCAAGCUGGCACGAGCAGAGCUGGGAAGCGGAAGCUUGACGAGGACGACCAGCACAUUAUCAAGGUGAAGGUGUGGACGAAGGGGUUCGAAGAGCUAAAGGCCAUGAAUGGUCAAGUCGUUGAAGUUGACUGUCGGGAAAAUUGGUACAGGGAAUUUCGAAAACUUUUCAACAUUACAUUAGAUCCGAGACUAUACUGCGUUCGGGGGGGUCGCAUGGAAGAUGAAAUACGGAGUGUUACCCAGACGAUCUCAAAAUGGAGAAAUACAUACAAAAAUGGGCGACAAACAAACGCGAUUCAUGUAAUUAACCACCCUUACUUACGGAGGACACCUACACCACCACGAGUAUUUCAACCAGGUGAAAUAUUUCGUAGGAUGCCUACGAUAGAUUACAUGGGGCCCGUUGAUAGUGCGCCACCCCAUCAGCCAGCAAUUGUCGAGGCCAGUGUAGCUCCUCCCACGCAUGAACCGAUUCCUCCGCCUGUAGAAAACGUUAUCCAAAUAGACUCGUCUUCCGAUGACGACUCACCGGACGCGCCAGACAAGUUGGAUGAGUCAGAAUUGCUUGACGCGUCUGACGUGUCAGACUUGUCCGGGUACAUGGACUGGUUGGAAGAACAAAUUGCGGAUGAACUUAGGGCUGAUGCGUCUGAUGCGUCUGAUGCAUCUGAUGCGUCUGAUGCGUCUGAUGCGUAUGAUGCGUCUGAUGAGGCUGAUGCGUCUGAUGCGUCUGAUGAUCAAGUACCCGGUGAUCACAUGGUCAAUGAUCAAAUUCCCGAUGAUAACAAGUUCAAUGAUCAGAUCCUCGAAAUACCCAAUUCCAACGAUGACGAUGAAGUCCAGGUGGAAAAGAUAAUCUUGCGUGACUCCAUCGGAGAGGUUCAGGUCCCCGUCACAGCCUCCUCCGAGCCCCCUUCAUCCGACGUGGAGGAGUUGGAGGAAGUUAUUGAUUUGGCAGAUGAUUCUCCGCCAUCGUCACCAGCUCAUUCCCCCUUUUCCUUACGGAACGCGAUUUAAACUUAUGGUCUGAGUCUCUUUAAUUUAAAAGUAUUACGAGUAAAUUUUGAAUAUUAUGAACCUUAAGGGUCUAAUCCAUAUGUACUUUUGUACUUUUAAAAUCACAUAUCUACUUGUAUUUAUAUUUUUUUUAUUGGAAGCUGUGUAUGUUUGAACCACCAUAAAUGAAUCAUUAAA